AUGGGACAAGUGGAACAAAAUAUUAUCGAAUUGCUUCUAGCUUAUGGAGCAGAUGUUAACAUAGAAAAUUUAAAUAGUGAAACGUCAAUAUUUUCAUUAUUCUAUUUGACAAAUAAUCGUCCCAUGAAGAGUAAGUUGAAUUUAUUUAAAAUAUUACUCGAUGCAGGAGCAAACGUUAAUAAACAGGACACUCUUGGUUAUACUCUGUUACAAUAUUUAGUAAUAAUGACAGGUAUACACUACACGUUUGAACAAAUGAUUAUCGUUGUUCGGUAUCUGUUAGAUGUUGGGGCUAAUGAAACAUUAAAUAUUCAAAAUUAUUCUGGUCAAACAGUACUUCAUUUAGCUUGUCAAUGUCCAGAGGAAGAUAGUCAUUUAACACAACUAGCAUAUUUACUUUUAUUUCAUGGAACUAAUCCAAAUAUUUCCGAUAAUCAAGGUCAAACGGCAUUACAUUAUGCAGCCAUGGAUUAUCGAAAUAUUUGUCUAAUAAAAGUUCUUAAACAUUAUGGUGCCGAUAUGAAUGCUCAUAAUCAUGUGAGUCAUACACCACUCCACAAAUUUUGUACUGAAACGAAAUUCAAUAAUAAUAAUCGAGUAAUAUCUUUCCUAGAAUUGUUAGUUCAACUUGGUUGUAACAUUAAUUCGUGCUCAAUUGACAAUCCAACUGUUCUUCAUUUGGCAUUUGAGAAACGAAAUGCUAGUAUCUGUCGAACACUUCUCAUCAACAGUCAAGGUUAUUUACAAAGGACACCACUUCAUUUUGCAGCACGAAAUUUAAGAAGUGAUCAAUUCAACAUGGUGCUGAUAUUAAUGCUCAAGACCGGUACAUCACGCAGCAAUGGCUAA